UGCAAGCACCUAGAGGGAAUGCAUAGCAGUUGGGUCCUGUGACUCUCUCGGAUGUUUUGCAGAAAGCCACAUGGGAAGUAGUCCGGACUGCUGGCAAGGAGGCAGCCCUACUAGCAAGAGUAUUUCUGUGCCCGCUACCAGGAACCGUGUCCCUUUCAGGACAGUCAAGCUGCAAGAGCCAUGUAAGAAGGUCAGGGUGAAGUGCCAAAAGUCUUGAUUAGGAAAGGGGGUGCAGCAUCCUGUCGCUCAAGCCGCAUGUCGAAGCAUUUCCCUCUUCUGUUGCUCUAGGUCCAUGUUGACAAAGAAAACUGUCAGUGCCAAGUCUUGUUUGGCUGUAGCCAGAAAAUUCAUCGGGAUAACGUGUGUGACACAGUGCAGGCUUAUGGAGGCAGUUGUGGCGGAAGGUACGCUCCAGAAGCAUGAACAUGGGUGACGGACAGAGGAAUUGGCUUGCUUCCACUGUUAUUGUCCCGUGUGAACACACACAAAGGGGUUCACAGACGUUUAUAUCUGCUUGGUAAAAACGGCUGACAAGCCUGCGCUUUGCCGAGCAGCUGAGGGUGCACUUGGUUGCAACGCUUCUCGAUGAAUUCGAGCUGUUGAAGGGACUGCUAAACUUGAGCGAUCGGGGGAUGAUCUGGUGGCUUGGGUGGGCGGUCCAGGAGACGAUCCAGCUGCUGCAUGGUGUAGUGCCUCUGGAAGGUCAUGUCUUCUCUGCUAUGACUGAAACGGGCCGGAUUUACCCCAUUUCGUGUCCUAGCAUUAUUCGUGUGAGAAGCAUAAUGUGCGGUUGUGCACCAACGAUGGAAGUUUGAAUGCCACUACAGUCAACGAUACCAAACCUCCCCCUCUGCUGGAUCUAUUGCUAGGCACUUGUUGCCAAGGGCACAUUCGACGUUGUCCUUGCAACAAGGUGCGAGUCGCAGGACCAGCACAGGCACUCAGUUAAGAGGGAAUAUGUCACUCCCUGUGUUGUAUGGGGCAGAGCUUCGCAUCCUCUGUUGGGCACUGCGACGGUGUGACCCAAUCAUUCAUUCAUUUAGGGUAUCGUAAUGUGUUUGGUGGCGAUCUAGGACCCUGGGUUGCACUACCCGGUAGCUGUCAAAGUGGAAAGCAAUUGGGGGCGACCAGCAUGAGCUCGGAAUUGGGAAGCCAAGUCGCGUAAUCUGUCAAACGUAAAGUCGACGGUGUAAACUCUGAAGGGAUAGGCCCUUUGCUCUGCGAGCAGAGCUGCAGCCAGCAGUCUUAUGAACUCUACAAGUGUGUUGUUACUCCGUUGAGACAGACGAACCUGACAGGCAUAUUCAAAGUUGAAACGAGUUACGAGUGCAGGGAGUUGCUUGAUUGAUAGGUCGUGGUUUACCCGCAAAGUACGGUCUGCUCCCAAGGUUCAAGCCAUGUGAAUGACAAGACUGUCGCCAUCGGAACUUGCGGCGCGCCAUGAUAUAGAGCUCCCCACUGGAAAAUAAGAAGGGACGGAUAAGAUUCUUUUCUUCUGAUGUUAUUGCAUCUGCCAGGUGGACCAGUAUGUCCUCCACAAGAUAUUGUUUCGAUUAUUCUUGUUGAUGAAUGGAACGGGAACUGCUUGACGCCUGCUGGUUGGAUCCAGGACACCGGUAGAAGAAGAAGAGGACGAGGAGUAGGAAGAAGAACAGCAGCAGGAGGAGGAGGAGGAGGAGGAGGAGGAGGAGGAAUAAGACGUGGCGAAGGAGAGGACAAACAGGAAGGGUGGGGGAGGAGGACGAGGAGGACAAGAAGGGAGGGGAAAGAGGAGGGCAACAAUGAGAGGAAGGAAGAGGAAGAGGAGGAGGAGGAGGAAGAGGAAGAAGAACAGGAGGAGGACAAGGAGAAAGUACACAUGGAGGAUGACAAAGAAGAAUGGGGAGGAGAAGAACCAGGACAAAAAGAGGGGGAAAAGGUGGAUGAUGAUGAGUAUAAGGACGAAGAACAGGACGAAGAAGAACAGGAGGAGGAAGGAGAGGAUGAGAAAGAAGAAGAGGAGAGGAGAAUGAGGAAGAAGAGAGGAGGAAGAGGUACAAGAACAGGAGGACGAGGAUGACGACGAGGAGGAGGAGAAAGAGAUGGAGGAGGCAGGGGGAGGUGAUGGUGGAAGAUGGAGGACAACGGGGUCACCUACUUGCUGGAUUCGGCACUAGCAAAAUUCGAAGGCGGUCGCCGAACUCGCAUGCCAUGCGAUGGGCGGACCCGCUCCAAUUUUGAAUUUCAAAAUGGCCCAAUCUGGGUCGCAAAUCUCCGAGAUCA